AGGCAUCGCCACGUCAUUUCAUCCACACACACGUACAUACACAGAAGGUUGUUAGACGCUGCAUCGUUACGGCCCUCUAAGUCUCUCCUGAGAAGAAGAAGAAAAAAAGCGGAAGUGGUGCACUUGCAGCAAUGCCGAGCCUGCGCGAAUACUGGCAAAGCGGGCUCCGCGCUCUGCACAUCGAAGAAAACAUCAGCAACGCAUUUGCCAACUUUGCCCCGUACGCCGGCGCAGAUGAACAGCGCAUCGUCGUCACGCGUCAGUCAGCGCUGUCUGCCUAUGUGCCCACCAGCUCGACGCCCACGACGUCGAUCGGCACCCCGCUUGGUCCAGCCUCCUACGUGAGCUCCUCCUCCUCGGUGAUUAUGGAGGAAAACGGCGACUUCACCGUGCAGGCAAGAGAUGCCGGCGCGGGUAGCCUUACCUUUUCCACCACCGGACACUUGCAGCUCGACGCCGCCGUGCGGGUGCCGUUACCACCGCCGUCUACUCGCUCCCCAGCGGAGCCCAUAGAAAGAGCCGAGGAUGGCAAGGGCGAUGCAAACCGCAAACAGCCGACGGAAUCCGCAGCGCCCACACCGGAGAAAACAGAUAGUAAAUUUACGCCUCCAGUCACGAAACCGCCUCCUUCGCAACUGCGUUUUUCAGACUACACCCGACCAGUGGUGUUGCCCAGUUCGCACCGCCCGCGCAGUCCAGCGGGUGGUACGUCCGCACACAACACCGAUGCGCUUUCUGGGUCGUUUGGUCAGCUAGAAAUCGAGGCCUCGCUGCCGGAUUGGGAUUCAAGCCGACAGAGUCUCGGCGCGCGUAUCGGCCCAGCCGCCGUACGGCUCACACGCAGCUUUUCCGCCGCCGCCACCGCCACCGCGACGGAAGCGGCGGCGGCUGCGCUGCAAAACUCCGGCUCGCAAAGCGACGAGGACGAGCUGGCGCGGACGCUGCGAAUGGAGAAAUCGCGCAGGUACCAGCACACGGUGGAUGCCGCCCUGUGCGUCCCGUUUGGUGGCGGUGUGGAGCGCGUCCCCACCUCCUCUUCGACGGCUGGAUCGGAUAGGGCAGGGCGAAGGGAAAUUGGGUCGCAGACUUUGCAAGGCCGGCGCAUUGCUCUACGGACGGCACCGUGGGCUCUGACGUGUGGACUGCAGUUCCCGAUGGACCUUGGUGACACUUUAAUGGGCAUCUCCCUGCAGAAUGACCGCGCCACCUCCGUGUUAUUGCCCUACCCGGGCGUCGAAUGGGCUGUGUCUGCCUCACCAUCCUCCACGUCAUCUGCGCAGCCGACGGACAAGGACACAGAGGGCAAGACUGAAGCAGGUGGCGAAGAGGCGGCGGUUUGUGUGGCCUGCGUGCCUUCCCUGCUCUACUCCAACGACUCGCCGCCAGCGACGAUAGGCGAUGACCGCGCCUCGCGCGGGGCUGGCACUGCGGCAGUAAGUGCUCCCCUACCGUCCUACUUCGCUGUCCCCUACUUUACGUUUCGCUUUUUGCUGGUGCAGACGCUUGGGAGUCACACCUUGGUGCGAGAGAGCUCGCCUUUUUCCUCACCGCAGCGAGACGAGAGCGGCAACACCUCCGUGAACACAUCCGCAACGACGAGGCUUGCGUCCUCGUACGAUUGGGGCCGUCUGCCGACGCUGGUCGGGGUGAAUGUGGGGAUCGACCGCGAGCGUCUGCGGCUGAGCGCCGCCUCGAUAAUGCACGACGGCGAGGUGGAUCUCGAGGUGGCCGGUGUGCUGGACAUGACUCCGUGGACGCCGCGGAUGCCGACGGUGGUGAAGGUGGGCUACAAUAACGCGGGCCGAUUUGCAGCCGGCAUCACCUCUCUCUUUUACGAAACGGUGUCGGCUACGUUGGGCAUGCAUGUUGAGCGAGGAGAGCAGCCGAAAUUUGGCAUUGAAGUUAAAUUAUAG